AUGUGGAUUUUGAUGGGUAUUCACAAAUUGCCAAGAGUAAGAAAUUAUUGGAGUUCAGAUCCAUUUCUCAAAGUUGAUUGUGUUGCAAAUAUUAUGCCUUAUACUCGAUUUUCUAAGCUGACGGAAAUGAUACAUUUUAAUGAUAAUGAUUCUAUGCUCCCAAGAACUGACCCUAACUACGACAAGCUCCAUAAAAUCAGACCGUUGAUCGAUCAUAUCAACCAAACAAGUAAUAAGAGUUAUAACACCUCAAAGACCGUUUCUGUAGAUGAGUCAAUGAUCCCCUUCUCGGGACGGUCCUCUUUUAUUCAGUACAUGCCAAUGAAGCCAAUAAAACGAGGGUUCAAAGUCUGGUGUUUGGCUGACUCAUCUACAGGUUACGUGGUCAAAUCUGAGGUCUAUACUGGAAAAGCAAGAGAUGGGUCGAAAAAUCCACUUGGAGAACGUGUAGUUCUGAACUUAGUAUCGAAUAUUCUGGGGGUUGGAUAUUUGGUAGCUUUCGAUAACUUUUUCACUUCCAUCAACUUGGUUGAAGAGCUUCUUGAUAAAGGCAUCUACUCAGUUGGAACAGUUCGAAACAACAGGAAAGGGUUGCCAGAAAUGAUGAAAGCAAAGGAGAAAAUGAAAAGAGGAGAUUUCAAUUAUAGAAUCAAAAAAGGUAUUUCUGCGAUCAAAUGGAUGGACAGGAAACCAGUCACAGUGUUGACGUCAGCUUUCAAUCCUACGGAAACUGUCGAGAUCACUCGGAAACUGAAAGAUAGAUCUCGGCUUCCUAUAUUUUGUCCAAUUACGAUCCAGGCUUAUAACAAAAUAAUGGGUGGUGUAGAUAGGUUUGAUCAAUUGAGGGAAGUAUAUAUGAUAGGAAGAAGAUCUAAAAACUGGUGGCAUUCAAUAAUGUAUUAUUAUAUAGAUAUGGCUAUAGUCAAUUGUUAUAUUCUAUACAAAUGUUAUAAGGAAGGUGAGUGUGAAGAUCAAUUAGCAUUUAGAAUACAGCUAGCGAAACAAUUGAUUGGUGAUUACAACGGCAGAAAAAGAUUCAGAGAUUCGAAAUAA